GUGAAGAAUUAACUGAACUUGAAAAAACCUGUAAUGUGAAAACUUAUACAGCUAAACAAACAAAAUAUAAUUCAUUUAUUCAAAGAAGAACCAAUAGAGUUAAUUUUACAAUACCUGCAGUUACUUCAGAUGGAAAUAGUACUUUACUUAGAUGGCCUCAACUUUAUUAUUCUUCUACUUUAUUAUUUCAAGAUAUAAAUUUCAACCAAAAUAUAAGAAAUAAAUAUAUAUUAGAUUUCUAUCAAAUUCUACGUUUAAAUAUUUUUGGUCAUAGAAAUAGUAAACUUCAAAGUAAAAGUAAUGAA